GUCUUUGGUCUCAUUGUUGUCAAUUCUGCCUCCAAAAUGAAGCUUCUCGGUUUGGUCUCCCUUGCGAGUACGCUGCAUACUAUCGCGGCAGCGCCCUCAUUGGAUAAACAUUCUCAGAAGUUUGACUUUUCUAAGAUUAACAAAAUUGUGUCUUUCGGUGAUUCAUGGACGGACACUCGAUUCAAUACCUCUGGAGCUCAGCCUUCAGUCUCCAACCCAUUCGGAAAUACCGGCAAAACAAGCUCCAAUGGCAGAAUGUGGCCAAUGUACUUGACUACACAGUAUAAUCAGUCAUCCGUAUUGCUAUAUAAUAUGGCUGUUGGUGGUGCUGUUACUGAUGUCAAUAUUGUCAAGACUGGGCCAAGUGACGUAGUCACCCAGGUCAAUAGAUUUGACGCAUAUUUACAACAACAACAGCCAAGCUUCUUUCCACCAAAGCGUACGCUGUAUACAGUAUUUAUCGGCAUCAACGAUAUAUACCGCACCAUCAAUGACGCUGACCAGGAUGAGACGGUCAUCAAGAUAAUGGAGCGCCUAAGUGACCUUACAACUGUCCUCCACGGCCACGGUGCUCGCCAGUUUCUGUUCAUCUCGACACCGCCGCAGUCUCUUUUCCCGAAUAACGUCCCAAAGCCCAUUGCACCAACUCUCAAGGCAGCAUCUGAAAAUUGGAACAAGCAGCUUCACAAACUCUUGAAACAGCUCGACCGCAAGUUGCCUCACAGCACCUUUUUCUUGUUUGACAUUGUCCCAUUGAUCACUGCUGUCACGGAAGAUCCGACUCAAUUUCCCGAGACCGCGGUGUACAAGAGUACAGGAUUUUGUGCAGAUUACAAGAGUGGUACGAUUACGCCAGAUUUCAAGUCUGAAAAUUGUGAAUACAAUGCGUUGGAGUACAUGUAUAUCGACGGCGCUCAUCCAACACAAGGAUUUCACCAAAUCUUGGCUAAGAAGAUCGCCGAACAGUUGGCUGCUGGUCAAACCAUUACCCGGCCUUGAUUGGACUCAGAACAGCUAAUUGACUAGAAGUUCUUUGAACGACAUGUGGCAAAUGGAUUAUUGACAUAGCAUAUACAAUGCAUAUACUAUAUCCGCAUAUUAGGCUAAAAUAAAGACCAGCUUCCCCGCGUAUAACCUUGUCUGUUGGGGGCAUUACAGAAGCAUUCU